UAAUAUAAAUCAGCGUUUGAAGAAAAAAUGCGUGAAAUAUUUGGUUUGAUGGCGUUGCUGCAGCUGAUGCAGAUGAACAGCUGGGUAGAAUCCAAGAUGGAGGACGUUUUUAGUUCAACAGCUGAGUUAGCAAAUCUUCACUCAGUGGAGAAAGAACUGUUACAGUACAUAAAAGAAUACAAAAAAGAGCUCGAGGAGAGCAUCAAGAAGAUAAAAUCAUCAGAUGAUCUUAGUCUACCUAUUAUUCACCCAAAGUUCGAAGAAUUGGUUGAGGGGCUUCCUGAGCUGAGUGAAGUGGAAGGAGGAGGAAAUGGGAUUUUCUUGUUGCAGGAAGUGUAUCAGCUGAACUCAAGUUUGCUGAGUGAAGGAAAAGUAAGAUUAAACGAAGAAGAAUAUUCAGCAAAGCAUUCACUUGCUUAUGCAGACAUUGAAUUUGUUGCCAAACUUGCUUAUAACAGAGGAUUUUAUGAUCGUGCAGUGGAAUGGUUUACACUGGCCGCUAGUAAACCAAUGCAUAAGAAGGAAAAACUCCGAGUGACCAAGCUCCUUGCAACAACUAUAAAGAAGCAUGAUCUGGUUUUAGAUAGAAAGGGAUCUGAGGGGUCAAGUAGAUCAGAAACAUGGCGGACCAAUCCCCUUCCCUUCGAUCCAAAUCUCAGAAAGAAGAAAAAAUUCAAGAAAACAGCAGCAAAACAGCCAGCAGAUCAGGAAAGCAAAGAUUGGGAAAACUUUAAUAGAUUAUGUCGAGGAGAAUAUAAAGAGGAUAAAUCUAACAAGGAUCUGAAGUCCUACUAUCUGCACUAUCAGAACCCGUAUCUCAUGCUCGGGCCUUGGAAGUUAGAUGUACAAAGCAACUUUCCUUUUAUUGCGGUUUUUAGGGGAUUUCUGUAUGACGAAGAGAUGAACCAUUAUACUGACUAUGCAAUGAACAAACUAUUUAGAUCUGAAUAUGGUGGUUCAGUAAGUCAGGGUGGAACUAUAAAAGGAGUUCAAAGAACAAGUAAACAGGCCUGGUUGCAUGAACAUGAUUUUCCAGAUACUACUGAUAACAAUACACACUGGAGUAUAGGACCUUACCACACUACAGAUCAGAUGAUUGUAUUGAAUACUGUUGGAAGAAAGGUAUAAAGUUUUAUUUGCACAAUUCUUGCAAAUUACAUUUAAUUCUUACAAAAUACAUUUAUUACUUUUUCUUCUUCAU